UUUCUAAAAACGUGUGACGUCUUGCGUACACGUCAUCAUUACACGACGUUUUCAAGACGAAACUCCAGGGAAAUGUAAAAUUGUAAUUUAGUAAAGUAAAGCGGCCGUAUUGGCAUGUGUUGCAAUGUUAAUAUUUCAUCAUUGAUAUAUAAAGUAUCAGACUAUGGCUUUCAGUAGGCCUUUAAUGUCCCUGUGCGGCCCGCUAGCAGAGCGUCACGGCCCGGUGUUGGCCCGCGGACCGGCGGUUGAGGACCCUGCUUUAAAGUGUCCAGAGUUGGACACGCCCCCGAAGUGGACGCGCUCUAAAGCCAGAAGACACAAACACUGCGGUCACUCGGAACAACAACUCACUCCUUUUACUUGCCAAGGUAGAAGAAGUUCCGCCUUGACGCAUUCAAGAGGAGACUACUGCCACUGCCGAGCCAGGCGACAACAUGGGUGCUGUGGUCUCACGGUGGAGGGCCAAACCUUCCACUGUGGAUAUUUUGGAGGGAAUCGAUAAGGACAUCCUGCUUCAUGAGGAGCAUGGUGAAAAGUACCAAAGGCAGCUGAAGAUCUGGUUAGGCCGACUGCUGUUGUACUCUGUUCUUCUCUACCUGAUGAGCAGCAUUGUUGUCUACUGCUGGUACCUGCCGGAACAGCUCAUGGGGCGCCUAAUCCUCUCGCUCCCUUUUCUCAUUUUUCCCUUCUUAGUGUGGUUACUUCGGAAACUCCUGAUCGUAAUCUUUUCACGAAGAACUGAAAAUAAUAAUAAAAAACUGGGGAAUCUUAAAGAGCAAAAGAAGAAAAUUAUUGAAGAAGUUAUGGAAACUGAGACGUAUAAAAAUGCUAAAAUGAUCCUGGAGAGAUUUGACCCUGAUUCCACAAAAAAAAUGGAGCUGGACUUGACUCCACUAGGACCCCAGAUGACACCUAAACCAGGCCAAGUGCUUCGCCAGCGCAACGUGGUACCAAAAACCCCAGAGAUGGUGGAAAAUCCUGGCGCGGUAGUGGCCCGCCCUCCUCUCACCGGCGGGCCCACCUACCCUGGACGAUCUUCCCGCUCUGCUCCAGGUGGACCCCCAGAGAGGAACCUGUCGGCCAUCGCUGCUCAGCAGAGCUUGUUGAGGAAGCCUGUGACCCCUGGAACACCUGCUCCAGGAUUUGGGAUGCACCCCCCAGGCCCGCCCUUGGCUAGACCUGUGCUUCCAAGGCAGAGAGGCGUUAUGGAGAGAGUGGUUGAGUACAUUGUUGGAGAUGGCCCACAGAACAGAUUUGCUCUCAUCUGCCAGCAGUGUCUGUCCCACAAUGGCAUGGCUUUAAAGGAGGAAUUUGAAUAUGUUGCAUUUCGAUGUGCGUAUUGUUAUUUCCUGAACCCUGCGAGGAAGACCAGACCUCAAGCCCCCAGACUCGCUGAGCUCACUGCCGAGCCGAAGAUGUCACCUGAGGCACUCUCCUUAUCGUCUAAUGCCGAUGAAGACUCUUCCCAGACUCUAAAAGCGACGACAGAGCAUGCAGACAUCCCUGAAUCCAACAUCCAGGAGCAAGCGUGGACACCACCAACAGAGUCCUGUCCUGAGUCCGACCACCAAAGCACUACCACGUCACAAGAAGAGCCCUCUGAAACAUCGGACGGAGAGCAGGACUUGUCUGCCAUGGAGGUGGAGUAGAAGAGGCUGAGAGCGUGACAGCUUUUACUUCAUCUGGAAUGUUGACGUAAGUGAUUGCGUAAGAACGGCCAUACCUGGGAAACCCAGGGUGGUUUUCAGCACACAAGCAUUUUCUUUGAAAAUAGUUUUUACAGAUGCAGCAGCAGUAUUGGUAGCAGCACACUCUUCUUGUCGCGCUGCAUUGAAUAUGUUUACCUCGGUAUUUUUACCUACUGUCUCGGGGCGGAUAAUGCUGGUGAAAUACUAAAUAUUUUGAGCAGACACUUUGUUUAUAACAUGACUGAAUAAUGAUUAUCUUAAUAGCUGUGCCUUUUCUGUAGCAAAGUGGUGCUAGCAGCACGUUUACACAUGGUGGUACAUAAGGAAGAGCGCACUUACACUAUCUAUUUAUUUCUACAAAGGGGAGGAAGUGGAUCAAUAUUGCUACUGUGCACCUACUGGAUGGGCCUUUUACAUUUCAAAUGGGUUCCUUUUGAUGCUGUCUAUUUGCAUUUUGACAAUCCCUUUUAUCUGUUUGCUGUGAAUGUCUGGCAAAUGUGUGUGUGUGUAUGUAUAUAUUUAUAAAAUGUUAAUAAACUUUAUAAACAACA